AUGUCUAUGAAAGUUCAAAGAUAGUUAGUCGAAAUUAUCUCAAGCAAAGUAUCAAAAGAUUGCUAAAUUCAAAAUGCAUCAAUUAAGGAAUUGAUCAAGUUAAUGUUCAGCUAGAAAAAACACUUCAAAAAUUUUGAGUACUUAAGCAGUGGCGCUUAUGCUCUUGUCUUAAAGGCUUAGAACUCUUAACAAAAUCGCCAAGUAGCUCUCAAAUUCUUAGGGAGUUCCAACAAAGAGGACAAAGCUGGUAUCGAAUCUAUGAAAAAGGAGUAUGAAAUGCUUCAAAAGUUUAGCCAAUCAGAAUGUUUAGUAAAUGUCUAUGAUUGCUUCUAUUUAAUGGAAGAAUAUGAUGAUGAAGAUGAUGAUGGAAACAAAAUUAUCGUUUAAACUGAAAACAAAUCUUACUUUGUAAUGGAAAUGGAGCUUUGCGAGAAUAAUCUCAAAUAACUCUUUGAUUUCCUCAGAAAAUAAUAAGUUCCACCUCCGAAAGAGAUGAAGGAAAUAAUAGCCAUUCAAAUGAUAGAAGGGUUGAAUAACCUUCAUGUUAAAAAUAUUAUGCACAGGGAUAUUAAACCUUAAAAUUUCCUUGUUUGCGCCUCUAAGGAAUAUGGUUUCUCAAUCAAACUUUGUGAUCUUGGCUUUGCAUCAGCUGUGUCUAAAUCAAAAAGCUUCAUGUCUAAGAAAGGAACUGAUGCAUAUUUUGCUCCAGAAGUGGAAGCAGGACAAUCUAGAAUUCAGUCAGAUCUCUUUUCACUAGGACUCGUUUUAUUAGAGCUUGACAAUCUCAAAACUCUAAAUGAGAAUUGGAUAGAUACUAAAACAAAAAAUUAUCUAUUUAAUGGAGAAGAAAUACCUAAAGAAAAAUAUUAGAUAGAUUAGAAUUCUAAUAUUUACAAAAUAGCUAAAAUAUGCUUAAAACCUUGGUAUUUAGACAGGACUACAACAGGAGAAUUACUAUCUUAGCUUAUCGAAAUGCAUGGUUAACCAUUGAAAUUUGUAUUGACUUCUAUGAUACUAGAGGAAUAAAUACCUAGAUAGGCACAGUAAAUAUUUGAAAAAAUUAAUCAACUGCAAAAACAAACACAAAAUUAAUUCGACGAGUAAGCUAAGUUUAUUCUAGAGAACACCAAUGACAAAAUUAUACAAAAAGAUUUUCAAGCACAAUUUACAAAAGUGGAAGUAUUAUCUAAUCUGCUGAAAAGUCUCUAUGAAAAUAAAAAAUAUACUAAUAAUUUUCAAAUUCUAAGCUUUGGAAGCUUUGGAAUGGUAUUAGCUACUAAAAAAGCUAAACUUGAUAAAAAAGAAAUAGUGUUAAAAAUACAAAAAAUAGAAGAUGAAUAACAUAUCUAAAAUGAAAUUAGUAUUAUGUAGAAAUUAAAAGAGCCACUAGUCGUAUAGCUUUAUGAUAGCUAUGUAAUAGAGAAUAAAAUAGGACCUGACAGAUACUCAGUCUUCGAAUUAGAAAAAUGCUCAUGUUCAUUAGAUGAAUAUCUUGAUAGAUAAAACAAAGAUGGAUAAUUUAACGAUGAUGAUAAAUACUAAAUAGCGAUCUAAAUUAUAGAUUCUGUUAAUUAUAUUCACUCAUUUAAUAUCAUUCAUAGAGAUAUUAAACCAGAAAAUUUUUUGGUUUAUUUAGAUGGAAAAUAACCAGAAAUAAAAUUAUGUGAUUUCGGCUUAUCUGCUUAGAUUCCAGAUAAUAAAGAUUCAAUUCAAGCUAUAGAAAGCAUAGGUAAUUUAGGAUAUUCAGCACCUGAAAUACUAAAUAAAUAGGAUAAUGAACUUAAGAUUUAUUCAAAGAAAUCUGAUUCAUAUUCAGUAGGAUUAUUACUAGUUUUCUUAGAUAAUUAUUAAGAUCUGAAGAAAAAUGCACCUUUUACUUUCUUAUUAAUGACAAAAAAGCAGUUAGAUAAGCCUUUCGAAAAAUCUAAGAUUAAAAUUAACAAAAAUUCAGAAAUUUAUAAGUUUAUUAACCUUCUUGUUGUUUCUGAUAGUAGUUAAAGGGCAUCUCUGUAUGAUAUUGUUGAAUAAAGCGAUACAAAAUUCUUAACUAAUUCAAAAGAAAUGAAAUAAAUUUUACAAAAAACUCUUUUGAUGCAAAAUGAUAAAAAAAUAGAGCAAAAUUCCACUAUAGAAAUUAGUUCUUUAGAGGAUUUGAGCAAAGCUUAAGAUUACAAUAUUGUCACAAUAAAUUUAAGCUAUAAUAUAAUUCGUGCAUAGGGUGCAAAAGAUUUAGGCACAGGAAUAGCGUAGUGCAAGAAUAUCACAAGUUUGACACUUAAUUUAUAUGGUAAUAGUAUUGGUGCAUAGGGUGCAAAAGAUUUAGGCACAGGAAUAGCGUAGUGCAAGAAUAUCACAAGUUUGACACUUGAUUUAAGCAAUAAUAGAAUUGGUGCAUAGGGUGCAAAAGAUUUAGGCACAGAAAUAGCGUAGUGCAAGAAUAUCACAAGUUUGACACUUAAUUUAAAUGAAAAUAGUAUUGGUGAUGAGGGUGCAAAAGAUUUAGGCACAGGAAUAGUGUAAUGCAAGAAUAUCACAAGUUUGACACUUAAUUUAAGCCGUAAUACUAUUGGUGCAUAGGGUGCAAAAGAUUUAGGCUCAGGAAUAGCUUAGUGCAAGAAUAUCACAAGUUUGACACUUCAUUUAUAGUAGAAUAGUAUUGGUGCAUAGGGUGCAAAAGAUUUAGGCUCAGGAAUAGCGUAGUGCAAGAAUAUCACAAGUUUGACACUUGAUUUAUAUGAAAAUAGUAUUGGUGAUGAGGGUGCAAAAGAUUUAGGCACAGGAAUAGUGUAAUGCAAGAAUAUCACAAGUUUGACACUUAAUUUAAGCCGUAAUACUAUUGGUGCAUAGGGUGCAAAAGAUUUAGGCUCAGGAAUAGCGUAGUGCAAGAAUUUCACAAGUUUGACACUUCAUUUAUACUGUAAUACUAUUGGUGCAUAGGGUGCAAAAGAUUUAGGCUCAGGAAUAGCAUAGUGCAAGAAUAUCACAAGUUUGACACUUCAUUUAUAUUAGAAUAGUAUUGGUGCAUAGGGUGCAAAAGAUUUAGGCACAGGAAUAGCUUAGUGCAAGAAUAUCACAAGUUUGACACUUGAUUUAUAACGUAAUACUAUUGGUGCAUAGGGUGCAAAAGAUUUAGGCACAGGAAUAGCGUAGUGCAAGAAUAUCACAAGUUUGACACUUCAUUUAUAGUGGAAUGGUAUUGGUGAUGAGGGUGCAAAAGAUUUAGGCACAGGAAUAGCGUAGUGCAAGAAUAUCACAAGUUUGACACUUAUUUUAAAUUGGAAUAGUAUUGGUGCAUAGGGUGCAAAAGAUUUAGACACAAGAAUAGCGUAGUGCAAGAAUAUCACAAGUUUGACACUUGAUUUAUAUGGUAAUAGUAUUGGUGAUGAGGGUGCAAAAGAUUUAGGCAUAGGAAUAGCGUAGUGUAAGAAUAUCACAAGUUUGACACUUGAUUUAAGAGGCAAUAAGAUUUCUCAAUCAGAAGAAUAAUUCAAAUAAAUAUUAAGAGAUCAAUUAAAAAAAUAAGAAAUAAAAAUUAAGAUAGAUUUGUGA